AUAAGUUUUGGCAAGCGGUAGAAAGCUUUGCUCCUUUUCUAGUCUUACGCUCAGACACACUAACAGUGCAGUUUUGAAUAUCUUCUAAGAAAAGGUCCAAAUGUCCGUGUUUCUUGAAAUCUUGAAGUGUGCUCUUUGUUGUGUUCAAGAAGAAAAUCCAGAUUCAAAUGAUUAUGAAUCGUUAUAUGGAUAUUUUUCUCGGAGAACGAUAGAGACAUCGAGUGAUUCUCGUUUCGACGGAUAUGGUAGAUCAGUGUAUGAUGUAGUUACUAAAUCGAAUAGUUCUAUCGAAUAUUUACCUAUUUCUUCAUGUAUUCCGGCCACUUCUUCCUAUAGGCCACCGCGACCGCAAAUUAUUGCAUCUUCCUCAAGGCCAACUCAACCGAGGCCGGAAAUCCGAGUCCCAGGAGUUUCUUAUGACCAGUCUAAAUCAAUACUUCAACCAAAAGUACAUUUUACGAGACCAUCUCCAAUAUCUACUUCAUCGCCGUUUUCUUCAUCAAAACCAACCCUUCAAGCUUCAGCUUCCUCAAGUACUGAUCAGCAGAGUCAAGCUUCGGCUUUCUCGGGUACUGAUCAGCAGACUAGAGCUAUUUUGAGAACGAGGGAGACACCGAGUGGUGGUCGUUUCGAUGGCAGUUUUACAUUCAAUUCAGGGUCUUCAACUGACAGAAUAUCAACAUCUGCUAAGUCAGUGCCACCGCAACCGGAAACAAUUGCAUCUAUUUCAAGGCCAACUCAACCGAGGCCGGAAAUCCAAGUCCCAGCAGUUUCUUAUGACCGGUCUCAAUCAAUACUUCAACCAAUAGUACAUUUUACGGCACCAUCUCCCAUAUCUACUGUAUCUCCGGUUUCUUCAUCAAAACCACCCCUUCAUGAAUCUAAGCUUCAAAAAGUUUCUCCUGAGGAAGCACAAUCAAUAAAACAUGAGACACAUUCUACCAAAUCAUCUUCAGUAUCUUCUAUACUCCCAAGUUCAUCUUCAAAACCAUCACCACAAGCAACGUUUAAACCAAAUCCAACUCCAGUUUCCCCAAAUCUUUCAAAUCAACCGACAAAAGGCAACUUUAUAUGGGUUCCAAAAAAUACCUUUCAAUCACCUGAAGCAAUUUCUUCCAAGCCACUUCAAGCUUCGACUUCCUCUGACACUAAUCAGCAGACUAGUGCUGUUUUGGUUCUCAAGGAUACGUCGCCUACCUAUUCGAUUCCCAAGAAUUUAAAGGAUUUGUUUGAAAACGAUGAAGUUCCUGAAGUUCUAAAAAGGCCAUUGUCUAGAUCAACAUACAAGGACUAUUUUGCUGCACUUCUGUAUGCAGAGGACUACUAUCUCGAGAAAUGGAGCAAGUUUAAGUUGUCGGAUAUCACUUUAAAAUUGCAAGAACCACCAAACUUUGAAGAGUACUCUAGACAGAGAAUCUUUGAAGAGUCAUGCUUUAGCGGGACUUGCGGAAAGGAUGGUAAAACCUUUGUAGCAUUUAAGGUUAGCUGUUCACUCGAGGAGCGCCCAUUUCUUUUAUCAAGGGACUUUGUCUUUGCAACACCUUCAGGAAGCAAAAUGGAGCCAUUUCAGGGUAUUAUUAAUCGCGUGGUGAAGAGCACUACUGUACUGGUCGAUUUUGGUAGAAAAUUUCAUGAGCAGCAUUACUCAACCAGCAAAUAUGAUAUCUCCUUUGCUUUUAACAGAGUUUGUUUGAAAAGGGCUCAUCAAGCAAUCGAAUCUGCCUCGGAUUCUUUAUUCAGAAACUUCAUUUUUCCUGAUUAUGAUUUCAGAAGGAGCAACCUCAGCCCAACACCGCCUUUUUGUUAUCAUGACCUUGAUUCGGACCAAAGGUCUGCAUUUUCUCAUAUCUUAAACUGUCAGGGUCCGCCACCUUAUCUCAUCCACGGCCCUCGUUGUGCAGUGAAGAUACGUCGAGAAUUACCAAUAACUGGACUUGUGGUUGAAGAAUUAUCAAGAACUGGACUUGUGAUUCAAGAAGCAGUACUCGGAAUUUAUCGAAGAUCUCCAGAGCACCGGAUUCUUUUAUGUGCGCCAAUUAACAGCACAUGUGACCUUCUGACCAAAAAACUGAACAGGCACAUGCCAGAAUCCGAUAUAUUUCGAGCCAAUGCUGCAUUUCGAGAAAUAGACGACGUACCAGACGAUAUUCUCUCUUCGUGUCUAUACAAACGUAAAGAUGAAUGCUUUGCUUGUCCUAAACUGGAGGAACUCCAAAAAUUCAGAGUGGUACUCUCUACUUAUAUGAGUAGCUUUCGGCUGCGGCAUGAAGGCAUCACUCCUGGUCAUUUUAGUCAUGUUUUUCUGCUGGAUGCCUCAUCAGCUACUGAGCCGGAAGUCAUGGUGACUCUGUCCAGUUUAGCCGAUGAGAGCACAACUGUCAUAGUCACCGGUGCACCUGGAAACCGGCCAGGUUGGGUGCGAUCUAGUGUUGCCAGGACUAGAGGACUCAGGAUAUCAUACUUUGAAAGAAUUAGCAAAAGAGAUCCGUAUUAUAGUGUUGAUCCCAUGUUUAUCACAGAGCUGUAAUGUUGCUGGAAGUAAUGGCUGAUCUAUUCAUUCAAAGAAAAAUGCCAAUGUUAGUCAUCCGUUAAUCUGCUCUUCGUGUAUGCAAUUGAGGGAAAAAUGUUACUAAUGAUGUUUUAAUUUUUCUGAAUUUGUUA